UACCGGCGCGGUACCGACCAAACAUUCCACUUGUGAAAAAACCCACAAAAACAUGACACGGGAUGGCCAAGUCCAAGCCAAGUUUAACCGCAAAUAUAACCAGUUACCUCGAGGGCCAUGUGUACCCAGAAAAGCGAACCACCAGGUUGUCGCAUCAGGGACUUAUUGAAAGGACUGUGGCACCAAUUCUUCAGCUUGUCGGGGAGAAUGACGACCGUUUUCAGACCGAUGUACCCCGCACUUCAGACUGUACCUUCGGGGUGACUGCCGUUGGCGAACACCGCUUCGAUAUCUUGGUCCCACUUCGUAAUCUCCUCACCCGGAAAAGUCAAGGUGUACCGGCAGAAACGGAGUGCUUCACCUACACGGAUUCUAGUCAGAGCGCUAAUCCUUACGUCAAGCCGUUGCCUGGCUUUGGGUUUGUGAGGACAGACACGACUGUCACGCUUCUACAGGAUUUGUGCGGCAGAAAUGAGGAUGAGCAGGGUUCUUUGUUGAUGCCUGGUAAAGUCUUGCGUCGGUUCCAUCGUCAUAUUGAGGCGGCAGUCCACACAUUGGAGCAAGAAUGCUUCUGGGAACGAGAGCCGACAGUCUACCAGGUCAUGGUCCAGCUGGAAGGACCUUCUGUGACACUGACUGUUCUCAUGAGGGGCAAUACCUACACUGUUAGUCUCUUACCAGCCAUUCAUGUGAACACAUGGCCAGGGGAGAUAUUGAGCCAAUGGCCUCAUUGUUCAUGGAUGUCAUUGAACAAAAUUGAGUCCGUCAAAUCACAUUUCUACCUCUUUGCAAUAAGGCCUAAAGGGACUGACGAUGCUCGUAAACUGUGGUGUGGCUGUUUUUACCCUGGUGAGAUACUUCUAGCCUCACAGGCAGAUGAUGGUAGCAAUAAGGAUACAUGCCGACAUCGGGCCUUGGAUGCUAUGCUCGCGGUGCAGGAUGAGAACUGCCAGGACUUCCAUCCAGUCACCUCUCGCAUCAUCCGCACUGCAUUCCUGCACCAAUGUGUGCAGUAUCCCCAGGACGAAGACUGGGAACCAGACAAGCUGGGCCGCGCCUUCGUGGACCUUUUCCUGGCCAUCAUCCAAGGCCUUAUCAAAGGGGCUUGUUCUCAUUUCUUUCUCCCCCAAACAAACCUUUUGGCUGGUUACGACAAGAAAGACCUGAGGCGGGUUGCCGCCCACCUCAAGGUGAUUCUGAAUGACGUUGUGCAGCGUCCUGACCAAACCAACUUCCUGGGAGACUCUCGUGGACGGAAGAAAUUCUCUCUGUUGAAAACAACUUGUGGUCCGAAAUUCUAACAUACUGUGAUAACCAGCAAAUAGCAGGCUGAAAAGAACUUUUAGAAAGGAUGAAACUAUUAUUUUUACUCGGAUAGAACAUUGUUCAUGUUGUUGCAGAUUUUGGGGAGUAAACGUAAUUUUAAUUACAAUAAAC